AUGGCCGCCCAGGACCCUUCGCCCCCCUCGUCCAUGGAGAGCAACAAGCCGGGUUACCCCAAGAAGAUCCUGGGUAACAAGCUGGAGGACAAGCACCUGUGCAAGUGCUGCCACAACAUCCUGAGACGACCCUUUCAGGCGCAAUGCGGCCAUCGCUUCUGCUCGUACUGCUUCAACCUGACCAUUAGUAACGGACCACAGAAAUGCAACGCUUGCAUCAAAGAGGACAUUUUCGAAGAGGCCACGUCAGUCCUGAAACAAGGAUGUGCUUUUCCCGACAACGCGGUGCGGCGGGAAGUGGAAAACCUCCCGGCGGUCUGCAUUAACGAAAGCUGCUCUUGGAGGGGAUCUAUCAAAGAGUAUGAGCUGAGCCACGAGGGAAAGUGCGAGUUCAUGAUCGUCCCGUGCCCGUCCUGCAAGGAGCGCAUUCGUUUCAACGAGCAGGAGCGGCACAGCGAGCGCGAGUGCCCAGAGAGGACUCUCAACUGCAAGUACUGCAAGGAACCCUUUCACUUUAAGAACAUCAAGGCCCAUGAUGAGAUCUGCCCCAAAUACCCGAUGAUCUGCGAGGGCUGCGCUAAGAAGAAGAUACCCAGGGAGAAGUAUGUGGACCACAUCAAGUUCUGCAGCAAAUUCAGGAUGCCGUGUCGCUUUCACGUGGUGGGGUGUGACAUGUCGGUGGAGAAGGAAAAGACUCAUGAACAUGAACGCGCCUUUGCCUAUGAACACCUCAACCUGCUGCUGCAUUACAUCAUGGGUAUGAAGCUGCAGCUCCACAGUGAGAAGACCAAGGUGGCCGAGCUGGGCCGCCGCUGCACCGAGCUGGAGGUGAAGGCGGGCACCUUCGAGAACGUGGUGUGCGUCUUGAACAGAGAGGUGGAGCGCUUCGCCACCACCAUGGAGGCCAGCAACCGGCAGCACAAGUUGGACCAGGACAAGAUCGAGGCUCUGAGUAACAAGGUGCGGCAGUUAGAGAGGACGGUGGGCCUGAAGGACCUGACGGUAGCGGAGAUGGAGGGUCGGCUGAGGGAGAUGUCCGCCACAACCUUCGACGGUGUCUUUGUAUGGAGGAUUUCUGACUUUGCCAAAAAGAGACAGGACGCCAUCGCCGGUCGAGCCCCCGCCAUGUUCUCGCCAGCAUUCUACACCAGCAAGUACGGUUACAAGAUGUGUCUGCGGAUUUAUCUGAACGGGGACGGGACAGGGCGCGGCAGCCACUUGUCCUUGUUCUUUGUGGUGAUGCGAGGACUGAGCGACGCGUUGCUCAAGUGGCCCUUCAACCAGAAGGUGACACUGAUGCUGCUGGACCAGAGCAACCGGGAGCACAUCAUCGACGCCUUCCGACCUGACGUCACCUCGUCGUCCUUCCAGCGACCGGUGAGCGAGAUGAACAUUGCCAGCGGCUGCCCGCUCUUCUGCCCGCUCUCCAAACUGGAUGCCAAAAACUCCUACAUCCGCGACGACACCAUCUUCAUCAAGGCCAUCGUGGACCUCACCGGGCUCUAG